CCAGCCUUCUCCCCAGGCCUUCGCCUUCCACGCACUGGCUUGGAGCCCUGAGCUGCAACUUCUGCUGCAGGACAUGGCAGGUCCCUCGAGCAUCAUAGCUGGCUUCCUGCUUCUGGCCCUUUGUGUCCAAUGCAUCAUCCCCACAGGCUCUGUGGUCACCCCCUUUUCUUGCUGCUUCAACUUUACGGCCAAGAAAAUUCCCCAGAAACGAGUGGUAAGCUACCAGUUGACCAGYGGGAGCACCUGCAUCCAGGCAGGGGUGAUCUUCACCACCAUGGCGGGCCGGAAGAUCUGUGCUGACCCCAAUCAGCUGUGGGUCCAGGAGUACAAGAAGAACCUGGACUCCAAGCAGAAGCAGCCUUCUGCAGAGGCCAGGGUCCGGGGUGUCAAGGUCCGCAGGCCSAGACGCCGUGGCAACAGAACUGCCAUCUAACGCCACCUGCCCUCCUGCCCUGAGCCUGGGCACAGGCUCCUCGCCAGGCAGCUUGGGGCCUGAGAAGCCAGCAGGAGUUGGGCAGGGGUCCGUUUUCCUGUGCGCUGUCAACAAAGGGUCCAUUCUGUGAAAAUCCCAAGGGAACAGGCUGCUCUGCUCCCUGGAAGCUGAGCCACGGCUCCAAGUGCCCUGGGCCCCUGGCUUUCUCCAAGCUGGGUGAGAAGUUUCCAGAUGGAGGGACGUGGCAGCCCUUUGCCCUUCUGACCCGGAGCUGGCCCUCCUCUGACCUGCAGGCUCCAUCAGAGCCCAGGUGCAUGAGACCCAAGCCCCUGCAGACACACCUUCCUUGCGUGGAGCCUGCAGGUGGCUUCAGGGGGUCCUCUGGUCUUGUGAUGGUCCUGAGGGCUGUCUGUCUGUCUGUCUGUCUGGGGAUGGUAACCUGUCAACAGAGACACUCCCCAGCAUCUUGAGGGUGCUCCUGGAUGGCCCCACCUCCAGCUCUUCCAAUAAAUAAAAAUUCAACAAAAAUGGAGGGUCCCUUUACAGAUCCACUGCAGAAUCCUUGCCCACUUCUAGAAAUUUCAGAAACUCAUUGGCUCUCCUAACGAAAAGGUGACGGAGGGCCAGGGUGAGGGGCCGACCCGCACUGUGAGAUGGCUUUGCAAAGACAGGAAUUAAAGGAAACAUUCUGCUUGGUGACAGGGCUUGAUUCUUGCUGCUUUGGGGACAAAGACCUGCCCUGCCUUUAGUACGGGGGUUUCCCCUAUAUUUUGAUGAAGGGAAAAUGGAUUGGGAGCUGAGGAGGGGGAGAAAGCCCCCCAGCUUUUUCUCUGUGCAUGAGAUACAGUGAGAAUUGUCAAGUGCAUCGACAGAGUCGCUGUUCUCAAAUCCAUA